AGAGAGAGAGAAAUAAGGAUAAAACAACAAAAAUAUCUUAUUUGAGUUGAAAAUCUUAUCACUCUGCAAACUCACUUCUUUCUUCUUCUUCUUCUUCAGCUUAAGCUUCUUCCUUAUCCUAACAAUGAGACUUGUUAUACAACAACUCCAUUAACUACCAAACAUGGCCUUAACCGCCACCAAAUUCUCCGAAUUACCCCUCCGAAAUUCACUCCCUUUCACUUUCUCUACUCCAAAACCGUCAUUUCACAUCAUCAAACCCUUCUCUUCUCUCAAAACCACUGACCAAACCCCUAACCCAAACCCUAGAACCACCAGAUCAAAAUCAUCAUCUUCUUCUUCUUCUCCGUGGCUCAACAAGUGGCCUCCCCCGCCGGGCCGGAAACUUCCCGAAUCCACAUCUCGGGAACGGUCCGGUUUGAAAACGGAGUAUUUGGAUAGGGAUAGAGGACAAAAUGCUAUUGAGAGAAUUGUUCUUCGGUUGAGGAACCUAGGUUUGGGUUCGGACGAUGAGGAUGAGGAUGAGGACGAUGAUGUGGGAUUGGAGGGUGAGGAUGCAAUGCCGGUGGCGACUGGAGGAGAGAAGCUUGGUGAUUUGUUGCAGAGGGAGUGGAUUAGACCUGAUUUUGUUUUGGCUGAGGAAGAGGGAGGAGAGGAUGAGGAGAUGGUUUUUCCAUGGGAGAGAGAAGAGGAGAGGAGUGGUGAAGAAGAGAGAGGGGUUAGGGGUUUGGAUAAUAAGAGGAGGAUGAGAGCGCCGACUUUGGCUGAGUUGACUAUUGAGGAUGAGGAACUGAAGAGGUUGAGGAGAAUGGGAAUGUUUCUUAGGGAGAGGAUUAGUGUGCCUAAAGCUGGGCUUACUCAGGCUGUUCUUGAGAAAAUUCAUGAUAAGUGGAGGAAGGAGGAAUUGGUUAGGCUUAAGUUUCAUGAAGUUCUUGCUACUGAUAUGAAAACUGCCCAUGAGAUUGUUGAGCGUCGAACAGGAGGGUUAGUAUUAUGGAGGUCAGGAAGUGUUAUGAUCGUGUACCGUGGGAGUAACUAUGAAGGGCCUUCUAAAGUCUCACCAAAUAAUCGGGAAAGAGAUGAUAAUUUUAUCCCAGAUGUUUCUUCUGCUGAAAAUCCAAUGAGGACGAGUGAUGAUACGGCAAGUUCAAUUUCUGAAAAAAGCAACAUGGCUGUGAAAACUACAAUCCCCCUUCAGAACAUGACAGAAGAGGAAGCUGAGUUUCACAGGCUAUUGGAUGAUUUAGGUCCCCGCUUUGAUGAGUGGUGGGGUACGGGAGUAAUUCCAGUUGAUGCUGAUUUACUUCCUCAAAAGAUUCCUGGCUAUAAAACACCUUAUCGACUUCUUCCCACUGGAAUGAGAUCACGGUUGACCAAUGCUGAGAUGACUAAUUUGCGGAAACUUGCCAAGACACUUCCUUGUCAUUUUGCUCUUGGGAGAAAUAGAAAUCAUCAAGGGCUGGCAUCUGCUAUAAUCAAACUUUGGGAGAAAAGCUCGGUUGCAAAGAUUGCUGUGAAACGAGGUAUUCAGAAUACAAACAACAAACUGAUGGCUGAGGAGAUAAAAAACUUAACAGGUGGUGUUUUACUGCUCAGAAAUAAAUAUUACAUUGUCAUUUACCGUGGAAAAGACUUUCUCCCAACAACUGUAGCUACUGCUUUGGCUGAAAGACAGAAAUUGGCGAAACAGGUUCAAGAUCUUGAAGAGGAAGUGCGGGUUCAAGAGGUUGAACAAAGAAUUAAGAAGGCAACAAUGGAUGUAGUUCCAUCGGGUGAUGGAGAAGGUCAGGCACCUGCUGGUACACUGGCUGAGUUUUAUGAGGCUCAAGCAAGAUGGGGAAGGGAAGUAUCUUCGGAAGAACGUGAGAAGAUGAUUAAAGAAGCCGCCAUGGCUAAGCAUGCUAGGAUUGUCAAAAGAAUUGAACAUAAAAUGGAUGUGGCCCAAGCGAAAAAGCUUAGAGCAGAGAAGCUCUUAAGUAAAAUAGAAGCAUCAAUGAUUCCCGCAGGUCCUGAUUAUGACCAAGAAACGAUCACCGAUGAGGAACGAGUUAUGUUUCGCAGGGUUGGUUUAAGAAUGAAAGCUUACUUGCCUCUCGGAAUACGGGGUGUGUUUGAUGGUGUCAUUGAGAACAUGCACUUGCAUUGGAAGCACAGAGAACUUGUGAAACUAAUAUCGAAGCAGAAAACCCUUGCUUUUGUGGAAGAUACAGCUAGAUUGUUGGAAUUCGAGAGUGGGGGAAUAUUAGUGGCAAUAGAAAGAGUUCCAAAGGGAUAUGCUCUUAUUUAUUACCGAGGAAAGAAUUAUCGGCGUCCCAUCAGCAUUCGGCCAAGAAAUCUCUUGACAAAGGCAAAAGCAUUAAAGCGUUCUGUGGCCAUGCAGCGACACGAGGCUCUCAGUCAGCACAUAUCUGAUUUGGAGGGCGCCAUCGAGCAAAUGAAAAAUCAAAUUGAUGCUUCUCAUGAUGGAAAGAAUGACAAUAUGGUUCGCCAGAAUGAAGAAUACAUCGACAGUGAGGAUGAAGAUGAAGAUGAUGAAGCCGAAUCUGAUUGGGAGGAUGAAGAUGAAGAUGAUGAUUCGGAAGAUGACGAAGCAGAGGCAUGAAUUCUGGAGGACGAUGAAAAUGGAUAUAUUGAGAGAAUUAACAACUUCAAGUCAAGAAAAGAGAGGAAAAGAAGUCGUUGCUUUUGCAUCUUUACCAAACUGGUGAGUGAGAGGCUUCAUCAGUCGCCCCAUGUAAAAUUAAUUAUACAUUUUUAAAGUAAAUUUUUUGUAUUUUUUUUUCUUUUUCACAUAGGAAUUUAUUAGUGUAUAAUUCCUUUGUAAUCAUGCAGGAAAAUUAGUGUAUUAUUUAUCCUAUAUGGUCCAGUUUUUAUAAUUGAAUAAUUAUUUUCUAUUUUUGAAAAAAAAUAAAAGAACAUCUCAUUUUUUUG